AUGGCCGAUGAUGUUGUUAUGGAUGGCGAGAUCAACCAACGUAAUGCGACGCUGGCCGAGAUGGAGGAAUUGCGUGAAAGAGAGUUGCCGAAUGGGGUUGAUUUGCGCCGAACGAAGGAAGUUAGGCAGGAUGUUAGGCGAGAUGCAAGUUGGAGGCAAGAAGGGAGGGAUUACGGUGCGAAUGAAAGGCAGGAAGUUGGGGGGGAACGUGGCAGUAGCUUGAGGCGUGGGGGAGGUGUGUUGGCAGGUGGUCUAGGCGGUGUACAUGGGGGUGGCGUGGGUAGUUUAGAUGGAGAUGGUGUAGGCAGUAUGGGUGGAGGAGGGAAUAGAGGAAGCAUAGAGGAACGUGGCAGUAAUAUGAGGCGUGGGGGAGGUGUGUUGGCAGGUGGUCUAGGCGGUGUGCAUGGGGGUGGCGUGGGUAGUUUAGAUGGAGAUGGUGUAGGCAGUGUGGGUGGAGGAGGGAAUAGAGGAAGCAUGGAUCGGCAUGGGAGGGGGAUGGGGGAAUUGCACAGCAUCAAGGGGUAG